AUGAAAGCAAUAUAUUCUGUGUUUUUUUACAUAUCGUUAGCAAUUGCAUUAUGUUCAUCCAAUGUUUCCACGUUCUGUGGAAACAAUGAACAGAUCGAGGAUUUGCAAACCGCUUUAAUAAUUUACGAAUCCACUUACGAUGUAAUGUCAACAUUGUCUGCUAUACCGUUAACAAGUGUGGCGUUAACGUUCGUACAAGUGACGUCGGCCGGUCAGUUUGCUAUGCGUUUGAAGGAAGCGUUUGAAGAAAUGGAGAGUUCGUUGAAUAAAGAUCAUAAAGACUACAGAAAAUGUUCAGAAAUAUUGGGAAAAACAGUAGCAGCAACCACAGCCAUCAAGUCAGCUAGUGCUGGGUUCUCUCUUAUGUCAAUGAUACCGGGUUUCGGUUUGGCACUCUUAGCUCCGAGGAUAGCUUCAUCGAUAUAUGCUAUGUUAAUUAUAAGAGACACUUUAGAAUUUUGGCAAAGUAAUGAUUGCCAAUAUGCUACAACGAGAGAUUGUGAUUUAUAG